AUGGCAGGCAAUACACCCCUUGGAAAUGAAGUGCAAAAUUCUGUUUUAAAUGUGACUUACGAAUGUAUUCCUCCAUACCACAGUGCCCAGUUCAUUCUGAGACCAGUGGUUUACAGCAUUAUUUGUUUCCUGGGUUUGACUGGAAACAGCUUUUCUCUCUGGACCUUGCUCACCAAUAAGAAUACCACCAUCUUCCGUAACCCCUUCAUGAUAAGCCUGGCUGUCAUGGACCUGCAGUUUGCCUUCUGUUUGCUGUUCAAAGUUAUUUACGAUGCAAAAGGCAGCAACUGGAUCUUUGGGGAGGUUUUUUGCAAAAUCUUCCACUCUCUUUACAUCGCCAACAUUUUUGGCUGCCCGUUGAUCCUGACCUGCAUUUCCAUAGAGCGUUACGUUGCCUUAGCCCCACCAACCAGGACUCUCCAGCUGCAUAGACAAGCCUUCAGAAUCACUCUCUGCUGUUUCAUCUGGGUAGUGGUUUUAACAGCUUGUGUCAGUUUAACUUGUUCUGGAAAACUGACCAACCAGUUAGAUAAAGACAGAACCGCUUGUGGGGAGAGUUUCUCUCAAGUCGAAUGGAUUAAUCGCAUAGGGAUCAUGAGCAUUGUUGGUUCAUGCAUUGGUUUCUGUGUUCCUUUCCUAAUACUGGUUAUCUGCUACACUGUGAUCGCCAGGAAGCUGAGCAACCUGCUCGGCGAGAACCCAGCUACUCUCAACAUCAAAAAGAAAUCCAUGAGGACCAUUCUGAUAGUGAUCACUGUGCUGACAGUAUGUUUUCUUCCUUUUCACACUAUUAAUAUUAUCAAAAGCACACUGAAACUGCUGAAGUUAAAUAGCUCCUACAACUCUUUCUGUACAGCGUAUGCAAUAAUGGAAGCAGUAACAAGUUUCAACAGCUGCUUGAACCCUAUAGUCUAUUACUACCAGGCUGAGGGCUUCAAUUGGAUGAGUCGCUGCUGCCAUUCCCAGGGUGAACUUGAUGAAGCAGCUAACAUGGAACAGAGAGACAGCCACAAGCAUGCCACCAGAAUUGACAACAUCCCAGUUACAAAUGCCCCAUAA